AUGGCGGAAGACGAAGCUGUGAUAUCGGAAUCAUCAGUGACAAUGACUGAGCAAACCGUCGCCGAGGCCUCUAGGGCCGUGGAAACCCAAAUCUCUAACGAGGCCACCAUCGAGUCAAACGCGCAGGAAGGUGCUGACUCCACUUGCAAUAACAUCAGCAACAGCGGUGAAGAUUCUAUCCUUACUUCCAAUGGAGAUCAAGAGAAGUCACUAGGGUUCGCUGCUGAGUUGUCUGAGAGAGGAACCAAAGCUCUUAAGGAAAGUGAUUAUGGCGAGGCCGCCGAUUGCUUCAGCCGUGCCCUAGAAAUCAGUGUUUCACACUAUGGUGAACUUGCCCUUGAAUGCCUAAAUGCAUACUACCAAUAUGGACGUGCACUAUUGUGCAAAGCUCAAGAAGAAGCCGAUCCACUGGCUACAGUACCCAAGAAGGAUGGUGAAUUUAAACAAGACUCUGAUAAAGAUGGAUCUGUUAAAAAUGCCAUAAAUGGAGAAUCUUCUACUGCUUCCGUUUUGAGUAAUGUAGAAGAGGAUGGGAAGGAAGAGGAUGGGAAGGGCAAUUCAAAUCAUCAAGAAGGAGCAGCAGAUGAUGCAUCUGGUGACAAAGAUCAGGAAGAAGAUGGUGAGGAUAGUGAUGAUGAAGACUUGGCAGAAGCAGAUGAAGAUGAGUCUGACCUUGACUUGGCGUGGAAAAUGCUAGAUGUUGCCAGGGCAAUUGCUGAAAAACACUCAGGUGACACAAUGGAUAAAGUGGAUGUGCUAUCAGCAUUGGCAGAAGUUGCAUUGGAAAGAGAGGACAUUGAAACGUCUCUCAGUGACUACCAGAAAGCAUUGUCCAUUCUAGAACGGCUUGUUGAACCAGACAGUAGACAUAUAGCUGAACUAAAUUUCCGUAUAUGUUUGUGUUUGGAGAUUGGCUCUAAGCCUCAGGAAGCAAUGCCAUAUUGCCAGAAAGCUAUAUCAAUUUGCAAGUCAAGGCUGCAGCUGCUUGUGAAUGAAGUAAAGAGUUCCUCUGAAUCAGCAAUGUCAUCAGCUGUUUCUGAACUAGAUGAGGGUGUCCAGCAGUCAUCCAAUGACUUGCAGAGUGAUAAAGGUGUUAGAGAUAAAGAAUCAGAGAUUGAAACACUUACUGGGCUGUCUGGGGAGCUGGAAAAGAAGCUUGAAGAUCUUCAACAGUUGGCCCUGAACCCAAAAUCAAUUCUUUCUGAAAUCCUGGGAAUAGCAGCUGCCAAGGCAAGAAGUGGUGAGAAAAGUGCAGCUCCAGCUGUCAUAAAUUCUUCACAGAUGGCUACUGCUAACAGCAGUGGAGGUUUUGACUCUCCAACUGUUUCCACUGCUCACACAAAUGGGGCUGCGGUAACUGAUCUUGGCGUUGUGGGAAGAGGAGUCAAGCGAGUGUCGAUGAGUACAGGUUCAGCAGAAUCAAGCCCAAUGAAGAAACCAACAUUGGAUCCCUCACCAGACAAAGAUGGCAAUAACCAUUAGUGUUCCCAAAUCUGAAUGGUCCAUGCUUUGGUAUUUGUAGUCCAAACUAGCAAGUUUCAGCUUAUUCCUAUGUUACAAAGAUUUUAUCUGUUCUCGAUCGACCUCAUGCUGUUGUGUUUCGUUUCUCAAGUAAAAUCUUGUUAAGCCCCAAGCAGAAUAUAUUUUAUUAUGCUUGUUAUGGUGUGAAACGUAGCACCAUUGUAUGAUUAAAUGUGCUAAUUUCAUGUUUAUUCUAUUUUUAGUC